AGCAUGAAAAGAGAAAUGGAGAUUCUUAAUAACGAAAAGGCGACGACGAAGACGCAGUUUCAUCAAACUUCAAAGACUAUUAGCGAUCUUCAAGAUGAAAUUGCAAAGUUACAAAAAGAAAAGUCCACAUUGUCCUCUGAACUAUCAAAGGAAUCAGGAGAAGAUACGCAGUUGUGUGAGAUAACGUGUGAAAAAUCAUGGAUUACAAGAAAACUUGAAGAUCAUAUAACAAGGUUAAGGAGAGAGAACUGCUCUUUAACCGCAAGAGUUUCAAAGGUAUACGAAAAGGACGUCCAGUUAAUUGAACUAAAAGAAAAAGUGGAAUUUAACAAGCAUCAGUUGAAAAAUUUAACUGAGGCGGCGAAGGCGUCUUUGAACAACAAAGAGAAAGAAGUGGAAGAAGCCAACCGCAUUAUAAAGAAACAAGACGAAACGAUCAAAAAUCUAAUCGAAGAGAUAAGGCAGGAAAGAUGUGACAGGGACCGCCUCGAAGUGCAGUCUGAAAAAAUCAAAGAACUUGAGGCUCAGUUACAAAGAAUGGAGGACAUAAAAAGAAACACUUCAGCUGAUGCCUUGGUGCUUGAAGUGAGACCAGAAAGUUCAGAAAAAGAGCUUUUGAAAAAGGCUAUGGAAGCUAAAGAGUGUGGUUCUCAUAGAGCGAAAGAGCUUCACAAGAGAAUUGGACAUCUAGAGAGUCAGCUACGCGAGAGGGAUGACCUGACAAAUGCCACUCUUACUUCUCUAAACAACAGCAAGAGGUCGCUAAUGGAAGCUAACAACACUAUCGAUUUGCUAACUGAACAGCUGGAACGGGAAAAGUCGGAUAAAGAAACUCUAAGAAGGGCUCUCGAAGUGUAUGAGAGUAACUCCUAUGCCGAAAAAGAAAUGACUGAGAAAAUUGAAAAACUAGAGGAGCAGUUACAUGAGAUGGAUGAUCUACGAGAGAAGACUCCAAGGUCUCUUAGAGAGAAAGAAAGGUCAUUGGAGGCGGCUCAUGAGGAGAUCAAAGAGUUAACUCAACAAAUAACACUCGAAAAGCCGGACAAAAAGUGUUUCAAGAGGAAGGUUAAGGCUAGAAAGGGCACCGCUAAUCGACUGAAUCUCGUUCAAAAAGGGACUAAGAGAGAUACACAGGAGAAGGGUUCGAUAAUGGCACACGUGGGAAAAAGGCUGAAGAACUUGGUGCGUAGACAAGAGGAAGUGAAAGGAAAAGAAAUCAGCACAGGACGUGUGUUAGAAAAAUCAAGGGAUGAUUUGAGGAGUAACCUUAACUACAGUGAUAAGGAAUUCUCGUCCAUGCGACGGCAGCUUGAAGACAGUGAAUUUGAAAAUGCCGAUCUCAAACAGCGUCUUGGAGAAAAGGAUGAAGAUCUUCAAAAAACGCAUAAAUACCUAAAAGAAAGAGAAGUCGGCCUUGAUGACGUAAAUGAAACCUUGCGAUUGAAAUGCUCGCUUCUCACAACCUUGGGAGCCAAAUUAUGUCUAAGGAGCAAAGAAUUGACUCAAGCUAACAAGGACAAAGGCUUAGAGAUAACCCGUAUUGAGGCCAACCUUGGAGAAGUGAAAAAAGAGUUAGAUACUGCUACAUCCAUCGUCGAGAAGCAAAAUGAACAAUGUGCUAACCUUAAGACUUGUGCAAUGAGAAAGACACUAGAUGCGGAAGAGAUGCAAAACGAAUUGAGACGCUUGUCAACUCGACUUGAAUGUGCUAGGAGCGAGAAGGAAAAAUUUCAAAAAGCAUUGUUAACUGCUACAGCACGUAAACAAUUCUGGGACACGAAGAUAGACCUUCAGGGGGCUGCAGCUCCGUUACCUGCACUUGAAGAUGAAAAGGCAGAGCAAGAGGAAAACUUAGCAGCCUUUCAAGGAAAAUUAUUACAUGAACUUAACCUAUUAGAGGAGACACAGUACGUGGAAAAUGAAAAGGAGAGCCCGCUCCUGUUGACAAUUGGCUCAGCAGAACGUGAGAUGGCCAAACUGACAAGGGAGAAUAGUAGGCAGUUCAGGACUGAGUUAUUGCACAACGGGUUCGAAAACAAGCCUUCUGAGUCACCGUGUGAGGAAAGAACGUUUAGCACCUUGGAAACCAAGAGAGUAAAAGCUGCUCCAUACAAAAUAACAUUUUUUGACGAUGGAAAUUGUCAGGGAGACACUAAGCAUAAAUGGGUGAACACCUCUGGGAUGGAGAAACGUUUUGAAACGAGUGGAGAUCCACAGUUCAAUCGCACCAGUACUGGGGCUGAGGUUGACCAUUCUACGCGGAACCUCUCUGCACACAGAUCACCAAAUACAGUUUCAAUCCUUCACUGCAAUGGUUAAUGUUUUGUGGGAGAACUAUAUUGGCAAACUGA